AGGGUCUGGGAGCAAAAAACGUUGUUAUGAUUAAGAUGUGUAUGGACAUGAUAUUUAGUAUUACCGUCAGGGCAACUAGGUUGUCAUGGAAGUUCGCAAUGUAAUUCUAAUGACACUUUCUACCACUACUGCAAGUACCGUCUCCACCAAGCCAACAUUAGCAGUUCUUUCUUUCUCAAGAUACAAAGACUCCCUGUCGCGCAAAGAUCAGCAAAUGAGGAAAUAUUGUCAUCUCCAAUCUCGCCGAAAUCUAUUGUCAAGCUCGAACCCUGCAGAUACGUUCACGCUACCAACGCCAAAAGCUUCACCUCGGGUGCACAACAUCAUCGUCAUUCCACCCACGGCGUCUUCCAACCGGCUUACCCUCGUCUUCGGUUUACCAGCCUCCACAACUUUACGCAUCGUUGCUGGAUACAGCAGGUCGCUGCAGAUAGCGUUGCCAUUGCCAAGCUGCAAGCUAACGAGAUGAGGCAGCCCAAUAUGCCUUCCCCAUGUCUUGGAUGCCAAUCUUACGUAGCAAUGCCAUUGCGGAUGCAGACGGAGCUCCCAGGCGAUGGUAUCUUUGGUAUUGCCGUGCCGUGAAACGGUGAUCCGAACAGAUACGAUGGGCGUAUUUGUAGA